AGAUGAGUGUCAAACCAAGCUUCAGAGAGAAGAUAUUUCACAUUACAGUGAAGGAGAAUUCUGAACAAGAUGAAUGAAAAAGUCUUCCUCCUGCUUCUGGGCUGUGUGACGGGGCUGGUGACCAGUCUACCUCUAUCUGCACAAAUACAGUACAAUCUACUUGGAGAGAACAAAGAUGUGCAGUGUGGAGGAUCCUUCUUUGACUCUCAAGGCAGCUUCACAUCUCCGGGAUACCCAGGGAACUACAGUCCAAACAUGAAUUGUAACUUCACCAUCACAGCUCCUGUUGGAAAUAAGAUUGCUCUGACCAUAAGUGACUUCCAUUUAGAGUCUUCCAGUUUCUGUAUGUACGACUAUCUAACACUCUUCAUGGAUGGUACAAAAAGGGGUCCAUUCUGCGGGGAUCGCACCAUCCCUGUGCUUUACUCCAAAGGCAACUCUAUGGUUCUCGUAUUCCACAGUGACCAGUCUACCCAGGCAAAGGGCUUCCAAGUCUCUUACACCUUCUCCCCAAAGAGUGAAGACACCGAAGUGCCACAAGGGAUCUUCAGCAAGAUUUUGAAAGCUAAUAAAGAUAGCAAAACACCCAUGUAUGGAGGCGAUGUGCUGGUACAGAAUGAGCGCAGUGCCAUGAACUGUCCUUCUUGCCUUUGGCCUAAAAGUGAUAGUGGUAGUGUUCUUGUUCCCUACACCAUAGAUUCCAGCUACAGUGCCAGUGACCUGAACAGUAUUGUGCUCGCCAUGGCCGAGUUUGAAACAUUGACUUGUGUGAGGUUUGUGCCUCUUACAACAGAAGAUGAUUACAUCAACAUCACUCCUGGUGAUGGCUGUUACUCAUAUCUUGGAAGAACUGGUGGAAGCCAGACAGUUUCAUUGGGUGGAGGCUGCAUCUACAGGGGGAUUAUACAACAUGAACUAGAACAUGCCCUGGGCUUCUACCAUGAGCAUGUAAGAAGUGACCGUGACAAUUAUGUUGACAUCAAUUUCCAGUAUAUCCCUAAAGGAAAAUUGGGUAAUUUUGCUAAAGCGGACACCAAUAACCUGGGCAGUCCAUAUGAUUACGGUUCAGUGAUGCAUUAUGAUGCCUAUGCAUUCACCAACACUUCAAACAAACCCACAAUCGUCCCCAAGCCUGACCCCAAUGUGCCUAUUGGGCAGACAAUUGGACUGAGCGUCUUGGAUGUCACUAAAAUUAACCGACUUUAUCAAUGCAGUGUCUGUGCGACUUUGCUUAAUAAUAAGACAGGAAUUUUGACUUCUGACAACUAUCCCUCUGCUUAUCCUAAUAAUGGUGACUGCGUUUGGUUGAUCAGAGUUCCAUCAGGGAAGGCUUCAUUGAAAUUCAGUACCUUUAAUAUCCAAUCCACUCCUAACUGUGACUCAGACUACAUGAGGAUCUAUGACGGUCCCUCUAAGAACUCUCCUGUGUUGUUGGAUAAAAUAUGCGGAAGUCAAACCAUCCCUCCAAUCAUCGCUUCCACAAGCCAGAUGCUGGUCCAGUUUGUCAGUGACGGGGCUGUUUCUGGGGUCGGCUUCCAAGCUUCAUAUAGCUCAGUGAAGUGUGGAGGAUCCUUCUUUAACUCUCAAGGCAGCUUCACAUCUCCAGGAUACCCAGGGAACUACAGUCCAAACAUGGAUUGUAACUUCACCAUCACAGCUCCUGUUGGAAAUAAGAUUGCUCUGACCAUAAGUGACUUCCAUUUAGAGUCUUCCAUUAUGUGUAUGUACGACUAUCUAACACUCUUCAUGGAUGGUACACAAAUGGGUCCAUUCUGUGGGGAUCGCACCAUCCCUGUGUAUUACUCCAAAGGCAACUCUAUGGUUCUCGUAUUCCACAGUGACAAGUCUACCCAGGCAAAGGGCUUCCAAGUCUCUUACACCUUCUUUCAAUAAAUGAGCAACUGAUGUCACAAAGAGAAAAUCUACCGGUUCUGGAAGGAAGGCGACAUCACUACAGGACACAAUGUGAAUUUGAUGGAACACGUAUAGAAAAGUUCACACAUUUGUAAACAUAUAUAUAAUGAUUAAAUGUACAUCGAAUCAUGCUAUUGUUUGCAAUUACAUUUAAAAAUACAAAAUAAUAUUUCUGAAUUGUUUUCCCAUUUGAUUGGUAUUUUGAUUGGCUUGGUUAGGAAUAGGGGAGCUAAUUUUGGCGUCCUCUGGUUUCAUGGUGGUUUACAUUUAUCCUAUAGUGAUAAUUCUUAUUUCUUUAUCUUUCCCUUUCCCUACUUAUUAUUUUGAGGGCGCGAUUGGAAUAUAUAUGACAGUCUGAUCUGAUGUUUUCCUUUCCUUUUUCAAAAUAAACUAUAUUAAAGAAU